UUUUUCCAUCAAGGGAGAUCUAUUGUCCAUGUCAGAAAAAAUCUCUCGCAUUUAGGAAGGCUUUUCAUACCUGAACGCAGCACACGUCUUCACGCGUUUUGUGUUAUGGGAAAUGUAGGAAGUGUUUCUGAAGCUAGCUAAGAUUUGUUUUCAGUAAAGUUGACUCCUUGGCAGCUGUAGACUGUAUUUCUAUCGCCACAUGGGUCGUUUGCAAUCAACAAACGACGGCUAAUUAAACAAACCAGGCGCUAAAGCUACGUAGCUAAUGACCUGAGCUGUGUGGCUGAAGUUAGAGUCUAUAUCGUACAAUACGGCACUACAGCGCAAGGAGGUCAAAGGACGACAACAACACACAAUUCAGCUGAAAGGCAGUCAUUAGUUGCUUUUUAUUUGAUUUAAAUGGAGAGAAUUUGUUAACAGCUCGUUUCCGUGUUUGGGAAUGUUCUUGUUGUAAAAGAGUCGUGUAAUGGAAGUCUGCGGGUAGUUAUGUUUGCAAUUAUGGCUACUUUGGUUAGCUCCUCAUUAAUGUCACCUGUCAGACUUUGCGGUUUGUAUCGCAGUCUGUGCUCAAGAACAAACAGGACGCUCUCUGCACAUGGCUUUGGUCAGAGGAGUUUGUGUCCAGGUGGAGGUGCAGGAGCUCUGUCCAGACAAACAAACUCUCCCUGGCGGGAUAGAGCUCAAGGACUUUUCUCCCGUGGUGGUGGUGCAGCAGCCAGGCAGCAGACCCUGGAGGACAUCGCCAAAAACAUUAGAGAGAAGCAGCAUAAAAGGGUGGUGGUGAUGGCCGGAGCUGGGAUUAGCACGCCUAGUGGCAUCCCAGAUUUCAGGUCUCCAGGCAGCGGCCUCUAUGACAACCUGCAGCAGUACGACCUGCCCUACGCUGAGGCCAUCUUUGAGAUUGGCUUUUUCCAUCGAAACCCUAAUCCCUUCUUUGCCUUAGCUAAAGAGUUGUACCCAGGAAACUACCAGCCCAAUCUGACCCACUACUUUGUGCGUCUGCUUCACGAGAAGGGUCAGCUUCUCAGGAUGUACACACAGAACAUAGACGGACUGGAAAGACUGGCAGGGAUUCCUCCUGAGUUCCUGGUUGAGGCCCACGGUACAUUUGCUACCGCCACCUGCACUGUCUGUCUGAGGAAGUAUGAGGGCGAGGACCUACGACCAGAUGUGAUGAGUGGGACAGUCCCGAAGUGUCCCACCUGUAAGGGCGUGGUGAAGCCUGACAUUGUGUUUUUCGGGGAAGAGCUUCCGCGGCAUUUCUUCAAGUACCUCACUGACUUCCCUCUGGCAGAUCUCCUGAUCAUCAUGGGCACUUCCCUGGAGGUGGAGCCCUUCGCCAGUCUGGCAGGAGCCGUGCGCAGCUCAGUUCCCCGUCUGCUCAUCAACAGAGACCCAGUGGGGCCGUUUGCCUGGGGCCGCCGGCCUCAAGACAUCGUGCAGCUGGGGGAUGUGGUCAGCGGCGUGCAGGCCCUGGUCAACGCCCUUGGCUGGACUCAAGAGCUGGACGCUCUGAUAGCUGCUGAGAAAAUGACAACAAAGACAGAGGAGUGACACCAUUUCACCACAUCAAGCUGGAGGUUUGACUCAUGCACUCAACACCAAAAACACCCAAACUACAGGACAAAAUCCAGAUGCACAUUGUUGCUUUACUGAGGAUCAUGAAAUAGCAGAAGUCCUGGGGUCGUUGGUUAUGUUAGUGGAAACUCACAGGCUGGUAAAGAAGGAAUUGCUAUAAUGGAAAUGCAGUAGAACAGAAAUAUUUCUCAAUCAAUUAUGACUAAGAUGCAGGUAAUGCAUGCACAGUGAUGAUGUGGUGGAAAAAAGAAAAUGUGACCUAGUAAUGAAGACGUACAAUAAUGUUUUAUUUAUUUAAUAUCGUGAAAUAUUGUGUAUUUCUGUGCAAGAAAUGCAGCUACAGCCUUCAUGGUGGCCUUUGUUUGUGUGAACAAUCGGUCAUUUAAUUCCACUAAACCAAGGAUUUCAAUACAGUUACAAUGGAAAUAAAAGUCAAAAUAAAUAUAAUGAAUAUAUAUGUAAGACUGUAAGGAAAAUACAGGAAAUUAAGUUAUUUUGACUUUCUAAGCUUUUCAGGUCAGACUCUAAAAUACAAAAAUAUCAGAGGUAGAUAGCAGGUGAUCAUUGUUUUCAUCAUCACUUUUAGCCAGUGAACAUCACCAUAUAAUCAUCAAAACAAGCUCAGAUUUCAUGCUGAAUGUCAGUGGUAUUGUAUUUAAACUUGCUGAGAAACAAUGCACAGAUAUGAAAUUGGCUCACAAAUAUAUGCUGUAAUGGAGGACGUCCAGUUGACUUCAAACUUUGCUGUGUAUUGCUGAGGACCCCGGGAAGUAGUCUUGUGUUGGUUUUCGAGAAAUCUUCAACCAUCACUUCUCUACAUGUUACUUGACUGGAAGAAAAAGUUGGAACUGUACUACGAGGGCAGUGCUGCACUGGGACAGUUUAUGUGUGCACAUGCCAGAGUUUUAAGUUGAACUGACUGCACUUUCUACGCUGUCACCCAGACACUGUUGGACUGGAACAGCUAACUCCAGCAGUAACGAGCUGCAAGAUGGAUUACACAGGCUAAGCAGUGAGCUCCUACUGACAGACACAUUUUGAACGGGCGCUACACUAGUACUUUCAAUAAAACAAAGGUUCAGUAAACACUU